GGGACAGCUGGGCGAACCUAGGAGGGGCGGGAGCUAUUACGCCAACUGCGUAUGGGGCUGCGAGCGGGUGGGGCCUUUGCCGGCACUUGUGUCCACCCGUCCGGCGCCUUCCGCUGCUGACCUCGCCGGCUCCCCAACGCCUAUGGAGCCUGUGCAGGUGCCCGACGCCGACGCCUUCCGGGCCUUCCAGGCUCAGUGCGAGGCGGAGCGCGGCUGGCAGAGCAGAUACAGCCGGGAGGGUGUCGGGGUUUGGGUGCAGCCGCCCCCGCCCGCCGGCCCCGCCGUGCACACGGUCAAGUGCUGCAUUGACAUCCAAGAUGUGCCAGCGGAGACGGUAUAUGAUGUGCUGCAUGACAUUGAGUAUCGCAGGAAGUGGGACAUGAACGUCAUUGACACACAUGACAUUGCCCGGCUUGCCACCAAUGCUGAUGUGGGCUACUACUCCUGGAAGUGUCCAAAGCCCUUAAAGAACAGAGACGUGGUGACACUGCGAUCCUGGCAGGUUGUGGAUAAAUCUUACAUGAUCAUCAACUUCUCUGUCAAACACCCGCAAUAUCCUCCCCGAAAGGACCUGGUAAGGGCUGUUUCUAUCUUGGCGGGAUACUUGGUGCAGUCGACUGGACCAAACAGCUGCACCUUGACUUACCUGGCUCAGGUGGACCCCAAAGGGAAACUGCCAAAGUGGGUUGUGAAUAAAGCUUCCCAGUACCUGGCACCAAGGAUGCUGAAGAAGAUGCAAAAGGCCUGCUUGAAAUACCCCUCCUGGAAACAGCAGCACAAUGUCAGUGUGAAGCCCUGGCUGUAUCCUGAGCAGAACGAGCUCCCCACCAUGAUGCUGUCAGACCUGGCACUCCAGCACGCUGCCUCUCUGGAGAACAUUGAUGAGAGCAGCCUGUCAGAGGCCAGUGGAACUGUGUCCAUGGGUGUGCUAUAAAGGCAGACUUUUAGGUGCCUACAAAGCGAUAGAACAAAUCCCAGCCCAGGAAGGCAGACCUAGCCCCAGAUCCUGUUUGGCAAGAGCAAAGAAACUUUGAGGAUAAUGACACCACCUCAGUGCUGUGCUUCCUACCAAGAAGUCAGCUGCUAAGAGGAACUGCAAUAAGCUUCCCCACAUAGGGCAUGGUGGGUUCUAUUUCGCUUCAUAAACAGCCAACAUCCAGUUAAUUCAGUAGUAGGUUGUGUGACUUGCUUACAUAGAUCGAAUGUGAGGGAUGGAUGAGUGCAGGUACCUCCCCUUUACAGCUGGCUGGGAAUCUUAACAGGAGAGAAUAGUAAAGGGACAAAUGGUGUGAUAGUGCAGAAUGAUGGAUGUGUCCUCAGUAGAUAAAUAUUUCCUGCUGAUGAUGUGGUGGAUAUUAACAAUGAAAGCAGCAGUGCCACACAAGGAACCUAGCAAAACAAUUGUUUGGUGCUAGACCACAGCAAGCAUGAUUUGGAAACAAGUCCCAAGAAUUACUCAAGCUCUCCCCUUCCCCCCCUGCUCGUGAAGUCAUGAUGGGAUACACACAUAUGCCCUAAUCUUAAAAUCCAGGAAAAUGGCUGGACAGACACACAAUACUAAAGUUCACUGAUGUUACCGCCUCUCUCUUCCCUGGAUCCCAACCAAUCAAUCCAUUGCCCUAGAAAGGAGCAGAAGGGGUGGAGGAGGAGGAUGAUUUCUAGCCAUGUCCAUAAAAGGGGCUGAACAAUUUGUUCAUCUUCUAGAA